AACGUCAAACCCGGAGCGCUUCGCAAGUGGACUUCAUUUCGAGAAAACCUCAUAGCCAUCAGCGAAAUACGGAUACCGCGAUGGGUUCAGUUUUCCCCUAAUAAAACCAUUCAGCUCCAUGGAUUCUCAGACGCAUCCGAAAAAGCAUUCUGCGCAUGCGUUUAUCUCCGAGUGGAACACUGUGAAAACUCGGCAUCAUCUCAUUUGCUCGUAGCAAAAAGUAAAGUCGCACCCCUCCAAACAGUGAGUCUGCCUCGCUUGGAACUGUGUGGAGCGGUCCUUCUCUCCAAACUUGUGAAGCAUAUUCGAUCCCAACUUAAUCUGCCGACCCAUGAGCUCAUACUCUGGUCAGACUCCUCUAUCGUGCUGGCCUGGCUAGAAAAACCACCAUGGACAUGGAAGACAUAUGUGGCGAACCGAACUUCCCUCAUCUUGCAGAAUGUCAAUAACGCCACAUGGAGACACGUAUCGAGCUUAGACAAUCCCGCAGAUUUAGGCACUCGAGGAUGCAAGCCACAAGAUCUAGCGUCAUGUUCCCUAUGGUGGAAUGGCCCUCAGUGGCUCACCAAACCCUCAGCGAGCUGGCCAAAGAAUGCGCCUCAAACGCUCUUUCCCCCUGAACAAAAAUCUGUGGAAUCUUAUCACACAAUAGAGAACGAAGACCCUCUCACUCGAUUCUCGUCAUUUCCUCGCGCCCUUAGGGUAAUCGCUUACGUGUAUCGGUUCAUCCGCAGCGCACGAAAGGAACCAAUACCCACGACGCACACACUCACCCAGGACGAAAUCAGUUACGUCAAAACCCGGCUCAUCAUAUGCGCCCAACACAAUCAUUACGCAGAGGCGGUCGCACAACUGGAAGCCGCGAAACCGAUUUUCUCCACACAACUCUACUCCACGCGGGAAAACAGCUCAUGGUCCGGAUGGUACAACAAGAGUAUUACGUCCCAAGACUUAAGCAGAAAGUUAAAAAAUGCAUUUUCCACUGCAAGGUGUGCACCAUACACAAGCGAGAAAUGCGAUCGCAGAUAAUGGCGGCCUUGCCUCCAGCACGAGCAACCUACUCGCUACCAUUUCACACCACGGGAAUAGACUUCGCGGGCCCAUUCCUGGUGAAAACUUCUUUACUGCGUCGCGCCUCACACACAAAAGCAUAUGUAUGCGUGUUUGUCUGCUUCUCCACCAAAGCCAUACAUCUAGAACUCUGCUCAGACCUGACAAUAGAAGCCUUCAAGGCCUGCUUUGCCAGAUUCGUUGGUCGACGUGGUCUCCCCCAUAAAAUCAUGUCGGACAACGGGAAAACUUUCGUAGGCGCUCAAAGGUCAAUCCACCGAGAACUUUCCACUUUUCUUAAGGAAGCCGCCUCAGAUAUCGCUGAAAAAUAUAUCGUUCAUGGCCUCUCCUGGCAAUUUAUACCACCAUACGCUCCUCAUAUGGGAGGCCUGUGGGAAGCAGCGGUUAAAAGUUUUAAGACGCACUUCAACAAAGUCGCGGGGAAUCACAAAUUCACGUUUGAAGAAUUCACCACACUGCUCAUACGAAUCGAAGCGGUACUCAAUUCCAGACCGCUGUCGCCUUUGUCUCAAGAUCCUAGCGAUUUACAGCCUCUUACUCCCGGUCACUUCUUAAGAGGAGCACCACUUGUCUCUCUGCCAGAACCUAACGCAGAAAACCUGUCUCUUCCAAACAAGUGGCAGAAGCUCAAGGUACUUCACCAUCAAUUCAGCACCCGAUGGAAAACUGAAUAUUUGCAAGAGCUACACAAACGGCAUAAGUGGAAAGGCAAAGAACCCAAUAUCGCAGUGGAAGACCUCGUCGUCAUCAAAGAAGACAACCUCCCACCAAAUGAUUGGCGCCUCGGACGUAUUGUUAAGCUCUAUCCCGGUCCCGACCAAAACGUUCGCGUGGCUGACAUCCGUACCCAAAAGGGAAUUAUAACACGCAACAUCGCAAAAUUAUGCUUGUUACCACCUCCACCCAGCACAAUGGAUGCUUAACGCAUCAAACUUUAUUCAAAAUUCUCUUUUCUUUAUACCUCAAUAUACAGACUCUGUGGUUAACCACAGAACAUUUUCACUCCCAUUCCCUCCGUAUUUACGCAAAAAAAACUAAUGUUUGGUUUCAAAUUUAAUUUCUUCAUAGG